GCUCCACUACACAGAAAGCCUGCUCCUGCCAUUCGCUUGUGCAUAGAGAGUGCGAGAGAGAUGGAGAAGCGGUUUGCCGUGACCGCAGCAACCGGGGCGUUGGGGCCGGUCCUGGUGAAGCUCGCUGCUUUGCUGGGUGAUGAGUACAAGCUUCAGGAGGGAACCCGGCGAGGCAUCGAGUCCAUCAAAUCCGAGCUCGAGCCAGUUCACCAUCUCCUGUGGAAGUUAUGGGGGAGCUUGGAUCUUGAUGUGGCAUGCAAGAACUGGAUGACAGAGGCCCGAGAGCUGUCCUACGACAUGGAGGACGACAUCGACGGCUUCACUCUCGGAUUGGAGCGUGGUGACGGCAGCUUCAUCCAGCGGGAAGCCACGGACAGCCCUUUCAUGGAAUUCAUGGAAAGGGUCAAAGAUGUAUCGAAGCGGUGCGGCGAGAUGCAGAAGAUUGGCGACGGCAUCAUCUGCAACCGUAGCAAGCUGACCACCGACCCUCGAGCUCUCUUCCUCCACAAGGAUGCAUCGGAGCUCGUGGGCAUGGAACCAAAAAAGAAGGAGAUCAUCCAAUUGCUUCAGAAGAACGAAAUGGUAUGCAUUCUUGGAGCUGGAGGGAUGGGGAAAACAACUCUUGCGGACCUGGUGUAUCACGCAGUAGGAGAUGAAUUCCAAUGCCGGGCUUUCGUGUCCGUGCACCCAAGUCCUAACAUGACGGAGAUUCUGGGUAUCAUCCUCAGCCAAGUAACAGAUUGUGCAAUGUCUGCUGGCAGUGGCACCGAACCUGCAGCCGAACAAAAUAUGGUCACCGACAUAUCAAUUUCCCUCUCUGAGAAGAGCAGUGGCACUGAACCUGCAGCCGAGCAAAAUGAUUUCAUCAAAGGCAUAUCAAAUUUCCUCUCUGACAAGAGAUACCUGGUCAUAUUAGAUGACAUUUGGGACUGGGAAGAAUGGAAAGUCAUCCGUAAGGCUCUUCCCAAGAAUAAUCUGGGCUGUAAAUUAAUAAUGACGACCCGGGUCAGGAGUAUAGCUGAGAAAUGUGAAACUGAACAAGGUGCACGUGUGUACGAACAGGAGUUUGGUAUUGCGGAAGCUGGAAGACUAUCAGCUAUGAGACUGAACAAAUAUGUCGUGCGGAGGCGGAAGUUUGGUCGUGCGAAGGCGCUGUCCACUAACAAUUAUGAGAUUCCGGGUAUGUGCGGCGGGGCACCAUUUGAUGUUUGUCCGCUAGCAGUAAUCUGUUUGUCGUCAGCAUGGGCAGCAGAGAGACAACAUCAUCGGGAAUUUAAUACAUGGGCGAGGCACAUUCUGGAUGAUGGGUUUCUGAGUACUCCAUCCUUGAAACCACUGGUCCAGAGUCUAUGCCUUGGUUUCGACGAUCUUCCCGUUCAGCUGAGGACUUGCUUGCUAUACUGUACCAUAUAUCCUCGGCGGUACAGGUUUGAUAAGGGAUGCAUGGUGAGAAAAUGGAUUGCUGAAGGAUUUGUUUCGCAAGUUGAAGCAGCAGAAGCUUACUUCGACAAGCUUUUCUCCAGGAAUCUGUUGCAGCGGCACAUGGGGAUGCACGCAGUUCACCCCAUUAUGCGAGCCUUCCUCGUGUGCAAAGCAAAGGAAGAUAAUUUUAUUGCUUACGACGGGAAUCAGCGGAAGGGGGUGAUCCGUCGUCUUUCUCUCAGCACGGAUGAUGAGGAUGUGCUGGAUGAGGAUGUGCUGUCUCAUACUCGCUCCCUUGUUGUUUGUGGUCAUGAUGAGGAUGUGCUGGAUGUCCCCUUCAAGGCGAUCAAAAAGCUGCGAGUGCUAGAAAUAUAUCGCAGCGAUUGUGCACAGAAUGGUGAUAUGGUGGAUAUAUGUGGGCUGAUCUGGCUCAAGUGUCUGGUUAUUAAGAGCUGCUAUCAAAUCACAGAGCUCCCACGGGAGAUUGGGAGACUGCAGAAUCUGGAGACCCUGGACGUGGCAGGUACAGGGAUUAGUAAACUACCAACGGAAAUUGGGAAACUGCAGCACUUAGAGACUCUGAAUGUAUGUGGCACAGAGGUCACAGAGCUGCCUACGUCGAUGGAGAAAUUGCAAUCUUUGAAGACUCUGGAUGUAAGUGACACAGAGGUCACGGAGCUGACGUGGAUCGAGAAAUUGCAAUAUUUGAAGACUCUGGAUGUAAGUGGCACACAGGUCACGGAGCUACCAAGGGAAAUCAAGAACCUUGAGCGUUUGGAGACUCUGGAUGUAAGUUGCACAGAGGUCGCGGAGCUACCAAGGGAAAUCAAGAACCUUGAGCGUUUGAAGACUCUGGAUGUACAUUGCACAGAGGUCGCGGAGCUACCAAGGGAAAUCAAGAACCUUGAGCGUUUGGAGACUCUGGAUGUAAGUCGCACAAAGGUCACUGAGCUGCCUAGGUGGAUCGAGAAAUUGCAAUCUUUGAAGACUCUGGAUGUAAGUAGCACAAAGGUCACGAAGCUACCACUGGAAAUCAAGAACCUUGAGCGUUUGGAGACUCUGGAUAUAAGUGAGACACUGGUGAGAGAGUUGCCUAAGGAAAUCGGGCAACUACAGCAUCUGAGGACUCUGGACAUAAGAGGUACUAAUGUCCGAGAGCUAUCCUGCAGUAAAGACACGAAUCCGUUAUUACGUGUGGUUCUUAAUAUGCACAAGUUGAUGUCACCUCUGGGUGUUAUUAGCUCAAGUGGUGCUGAAGAGGUUAUUAGUUCCUCUUCUGAAGCAAACUGCAGGGAUGACCUAUCCAUCCUCAUCCUCUUUAACCAUUUCGGCUUGAGGUGUGAAGUCCUACCAGUUAGGAUGCUUAGAGUUGCCGGGAGACACAUGAAAGUCCCGCAGUGGGUCAAGCAAGACUUGUGCAAUGUCUGCUCCUUAGAUAUCAGGAUCUACAAACUUGUGCACGAAGACCUCAAGUUUCUGAAGAUGCAUAUGCCCAACCUGCAGGCUCUCCAACUCAGGUUCGAGGUCCUCCCACAGGAGCCGGUUGCCAUCACUGAUGGAGGGUUCUCAAAGCUGGAGACGUUCUACGUUGAUUGCCGUCUGCCACGGGUGAUCACCUUCGGGGAAGGAGCGAUGCCGAAGCUGAAACAUCUUGAGUUCAAGUUCUACACCGGCACAGCAAGUCAAGACUACUACAUGGGCAUCAAGCAUCUCGACAGUCUUGAGGAGGUCGUGUUCCGAUCCUCCGAGUACUAUACAAGUGACAGUCCGGGCAUCUGCGAGGCAAUUGAUGUACUGAGAAAUGAAGCCGCGGAGCACCCCAACAAGAUCACCCUUUGGGUCAAUAAAAUGGAAUGUAAGGUUUUCCGCAGCGGUGAAUUUGAAGAAUGGGAAAAAGAAAUUGAGAAAAGGGAAAAAGUAGUUGAGAAAAUGCGGAAACAAAAACGCAUUGAGGAACAACGUCUUCGACUAUCGACGGCAGCAGAGGGGCGAGCUCAGCGGGACAAAAACAACGCAAGGGCUGGAAUUGAAAAGGAAAUUCAAGAAAGGAAACGCAAUCUUGAAAUCAGGGAACGACGAUUGAGGGAACAAUUGCGCUACUAUAACUAUUUAUCAAAUUCGGACCUUCCUUCUCCAUGACUCUAUGUGACAUUAUCUGUACGCACACUUGAUUAUGAUUAUUUUUCCAGUUUAGUUUCUCUUCGUCA